ACAUGGCCGGGAAAGGAGGGGGUUGGGGGGAGUCAUGCGGCUCAUGCCCUUAAGGUUACAAGGUAUAUACAAUCACAGUGACUAGUGACUACUGACUAGAUUACCGCAUAAUAAGGCGUCUUGCUUCUACAGGAACCGGUCAUUAACGCACCUAGUUUUCAUCAUGGUCACCGUAGAAAUUCCUGCUGGGUAUGGGUACUGUGUGCUAGUGGGCGUAGGCUCAAUGUUUAUGCUUGUGUGGAAGUCCAUGAAGGUCGGUGGUGCUCGCAAACAGCAUAAGAUUUUCUACCCAACUAUGUACAGCACAACUAAUGAUCUUUUUAACUGCUACCAAAGAGCCCACCAAAAUACUUUAGAAAAUUACCCUCAGUUCCUGACAUUACUCCUUCUUGGUGGUCUCUACAAUCCAGAGGUGACUGCCCUAGGAGGUGCAGUUUGGUGUGCUGGACGUAUUGCUUAUGCACUUGGCUACUACACAGGAGAUCCCAAGAAACGGAUGCGAGGCUCAUUUGGUUACAUUGGUCUCUUUACCAUGCUGUACACCACUGUCCGGUUUGCCACUGGCCUGCUUGGCUGGUACUAAUUGCUUGCCCUCUGUAAGUAUCAGAAUAAUGCUUAAGAGCAGAGUGAAAGAGUGAAUAGUGAUUUUUCUCCACUGUUUAUGUUUAUUGAUGCCAGUGUAAGAUUCUUUCCCACACUGAAGGAAACAUAGUGAAAUAGUUCUUAGAUAAGACAAAAUGAGCACAGAAGUAUUUAUUCAGGAACAGGGAAGUGUGAUGAUUCAUAAUUAGCUUCUCAAUUUUAGUUGAAUAUUUGCAUCUUUACAUCCUUUCUCCACAGCAUCAUGAUGAUUCACAGUGAACCAGUCCAUUUUUGUGCACAAAUUGAAUAUGGUCAUAUGUUUCUGAGCCCUUUGAUAAUGUCAUCCCCCUCAUCACUCUUGGUGCACCCAUUUUCUUUCAUGUACUCUUAAAAUGUUAGUGUGGAGCCUUAUACCAAAAAUCCGGGGCUAGAUAAUAAGAGGUGAUUUUAUGUAAUUGUAUUUCAUUGCUCAGUAAAAGUAAAGGGAUGUAGGAGGUACAGUAUAGUGCUGCAUGUUACUUUUACUUUGUAUAGUACAAAAUUAUACCCGAGUUGCAUAAAGGCGUUAUUUUGUAGAAUUACUGUAAACAGAUCAUGUAUCACAUAUUUUAUAGUUAUGUACUACUGUCUUAAAGGUGAUGUUUUUAUGUUGUAUGAUUGUAUCUUGAAAUAUUACAGUAUUAGUUUGAAUGUAACCGUUGGAAUAACUCUCAGAAUAAACUUCGUUUAAUUUGAACAAUAUAUUUGUAACCCAAAUAGAUGGUGACUAAUAUUUUGGAAUUCUUCUUCCCAGCUUUUUCCCAUUUUUAUAUGGGGUCGCCGUUUCGGAUGAGCCGUUUCCAUCUAUUUCUAUCUUGCGCUUCUGCCUCAUCAAUUCCCUUCUCAUGUAAAUCUCCUCUCACACAGUCCUUCCAUCUCUUUCUUGGUCUCCCUCUCUUUCUUCUUCCUUGCACCUCCACUCCCAUAGUAUGUCUCCCAGCGUGGUCCUCAUCUCUCCUCAACAGGUGUCCAUACCAUCUCAGCCUCCCCUCCUGCACUUUCUUUGAUACUUCCACCACCUUAGUUGACCCCCUUAUGUAGUCAUUUCUGAUCCUAUCCACUCUUGUUACCCCAGACAUCCACCUAAGCAUUCUCAUUUCUGCCACAUCCAUCUUCUUCUGCUCUGCUAAUAUUUUGGAAUUAGGAUGCAAAAAUGUAAUUUUAGUUUUGGUAUGUUUUAAAUCUAUGAUUUGUUCAUUGAAUGGAUAGAUAUUCCAGGGAAAUGCAUGACUGUCAUGUAUGUACUGAUAAAACACUAAUUCUUUCACCAGUAGAAUAUUCAACCUGUAGGUUCAAGUCUAUUUUAUAAGUAAAAGUAAAAUAGACGAGCGUUGCAACUGACCUCCGGAAUAAUUUGAUAUGUACCUGCACCCAGCUUUACACUCUAGAUUUGAAGAAUGAAAGAAUGAUUUGGAACACAAUUUUUAUUUAGUCAUCCUUUUCCUGAAAUGGGCUGUGACUUUUCUUUUUUAGAUUUCAUCUUCUAGAUGGGAAACAAACAUUGAAAUAGCCUGUAAAACGUUUCUGGGGAUUAUUUUACUGAAAUUUUGGGCUUAUGAUAAUUGGACUAUUUUCCAGAAAUGUGUUUGCUGUAAUUAGCAUAAACCACUCACUCCACUUACCUUUGAGUGCUUACAGGAUAGCCACCUUUUUCCUGAAGACACUCUUAUCAUACAUUCUUUUAACAUUUGUUAGAAUCACAGGUUUUUUGCCUACCUUGCACAGACAGUUGCACUUGCCAUGGAAUCUGUGUUCUCUCUCACUCAUGUAGAGACUUUGUGUACUUUCCAAUGGUUCUUUCCUAUAGGAGGCAACCAACUACAUCAUGGCUUUUUAUAGACAGCCCUUGAGGUUCAUAGCAGCAACCUUCAGCCCCCAUCUGCAUUGAUUUCUGCCUUUUACAUCACAUUUAUUUCCUUGGUCACUUUACACCCAGUUCUAGAACAAAGUAUGUAUUUGGCGAGUCAUAGGGUGUUUUAAAAAAUGCGACCUUGUGUUCAUGUCAAUAAGUGUAGUACACGUACUCAUGUUGCUGUGCCAUUUGAAGUGUCAUGGUAAGAGAGCAAAACUGAAUGAUCUUUUGCUAUCUAGAAUCCCAUGUAGCUUUAAGUGGUGAAUCCCCAUAGGCAGUUAGUGCUGUCAGUGCACCUCAUGCAUGCACUGUAGGCAUUACUCAAGGUUCUUUGCAGCAUCUCUUCAGACCCUAGCUGCAACCCCUUUCAGUCGUUUUACUGUACCUCUGUUCAUGUUCUCUUACUUCCAUCUUGCUUUCCACCCCUCUUCUAAUAAUUGAUUCAUACUGCAACUGCAAGGUUUACCUCUUGUUACACCUUUCAGACCUUUUUAGUGUCAGUUUCCAUUUCAAUGCUAAAUGGCAUCACAGGUCCCAGCACUUGGCCUUUGGCCUAAAUUCUAUAUUCCGUUCUGUUGUAUGGUGAAUCAUGUUUAUGACUGGUUAGUUAUAAAUGAUCUUGAAUGAAUUUUGUUUUAAUGUUAAGUAGUGAUUGAAAGUUUAAAUGUAUAAACUUAGCAUUGUUAUGGGAUUAUAAUAACAUAUUCUUUUACUUCUUAGUCUUAGUAGAGUGAAAUAAAGAUUGAAACUUA